AAACAUGCAAAUCUGAAUAUAAUUCAGUAUUCUCCUUUUUAUCACUGUUCUUAAUUUCUCUUCAUGGUAUCAGAGCAGUGCAUUAUCUGCAUCUGAAUACUUUGAUUUUCCUUGUUUUUCAAAUCAAUCGUCCAUUGAACUUUAUAGCAAAUAUUGCUAGCACUCAAUCAUGGCUAAGAACAAGAGCAUGCUUACAAUCCAAAGCUUCCAUCAAAUGGCAAGUUUGGUCUCUGUGAAGCUGUCAAGUGCCAAUUUCUUACUCUGGAAAUCACAGAUUUUCCCAUUGAUAAGAAGCGCUCAACUCAUACACCACUUUGAAGAAGAAGCUCCAGCAAUGAGGAUUACUAAAGACGGUGAGGAAGUACCAAACCCAGACCAUGAUGUCUGGCUUAAUAAUGAUGGAUUACUGACCAGUUGGCUCCUCGGCACAAUGAAGGAGGAAGCACUCAGCUUGGUGCUAGCAACCAAAAGAGGAGAUAAUGAGUCACUUGAGGAUUUUAUAAGGAAAUUCAGAGGGACUUGUGAUAGGCUUGCUGCAAUCCACAAGCCCCUUGAUGAUCUAGACAAGGUGUUCCAAUUAUCCAGAGUUGUGGGAAUAAGAUACCAACCUUACAACCUUGCUGUUUUGUCAAAGGUAGCAUAUCCCACCUUCAACCAGUAUAUUGCAAGAUUGCUAAACAAUGAACGGGAUAUACAAGCUUCAAAACAAGAAAGCAAAGACAAGACUCCAACAUAUGCUCAAGUGUUUGUAGCACAAAGGGGGAGAGGUAACCGAGGUAGAGGAGGAUAUGGUAGCAGGAAUUUCAAUUCUCGUGGAAGAGGACAUACAGCACUAAAGUGUUGGUAUAGGUUUGAUCAUGCAUAUCAAAGUGAGGAGCUACCACAAGCUCUUGCAGCACUCACAAUGAUGGAGGACAAAGAUAAAAAUGUCUACAUUGACAUUGGUGCCACUGAUCACAUGACUGCAGAUCCAGGAGAAGAACUUUGCAAAUAUCUAGACUGUGAUGAGUGCACAAAAGCCCCAUCAAACCUGCAACCCUCAAGAAAAUUGGAUGAGAUUACCUCUGUCCCUGUCUCUAAACAGCACAUUAGUGUCAUAGAUGAAGAAACUAAUGCAGUAUCUAUUGAUACACGAGUAAUAACAGUAAAUGAAGCCAAUUCAUGGGCAAAACAUAAUGAUUUGGACUCCCAACAAGGCUUACCCGUAGCAAUACAGAUUCAAGAAGAAGAAUCGGAUUCUCCACCUAGCACAAUUAAUGCUCAAGAAAAUGAGGUAGCAAGCUCGUCACUACCUCAUGCUAGUAAAGAGGGGGCCAAUCCUUUACAACCAUGUCUAGUAUCGGAAACAUCUCGCUCACAUCAUGGGGGAGUUUUACCACCUGCUCAUAAUGCUACUUCCACAUCUGUUCAUCCCAUGCAAGCACUUAAACUUCCACAUUGGGUCGAUGCAAUGAAAGAAGAGCUAGAAGCACUUCACAACAAUAAUACAUGGACUCUGGUUCCUUCACCUUCACCUCAAACAAACAUUGUCGGCUCAAAAUGGGUGUUCAAGACCAAACUACAUCCUGAUGGAAGUAUUGAAAGGUUUAAAGCAAGGCUAGUAGCACGAGGAUACUCUCAAGUGCCCAGGUUGGACUUCGAUGAGACCUUUAGUCCAGUUCUAAAACCAACAACUUUGCGAUUGGUUAUUGCUCUUGCUACUACUCUAUCAUGGCCACUUAAACAGCUGGAUGUAAAGAACGCAUUCCUUCACGGCAAACUCAAAGAGGAAGUGUACAUGAGUCAACCACCUGGCUUUGAAGAUCCUAUUCAUCCCAAUCAUGUUUGCGAACUCAACAAAUCGAUCUAUGGUCUAAAUAGAGCAGAUUCUUCUCUGUUUAUUCUUCAUAAAGGUCAAGAUACUAUACUGCUCUUGUUAUAUGUAGAUGACAUUGUUCUCACAGCCAGUUCAUUGCAACUACUUCAAGAAGUCAUUAGCAAUUUGAGCAGCAAGUUUGCACUCAAGGGUUUGGGAUCCCUUAAUUAUUUUCUGGGAAUUGAAGUAAAUAAGUUUCCAGGAGGCAUUUUCUUGUCACAAGCCAAAUAUGCCAAAGACAUCCUCUGCCGAGCCUCCAUGCUUGAAGCCUCUGCUAUUGCUACCCCUAUGGCUAUUAAAGAUACAACCAAUUGGGCUGGUUGUCUAAGAACUAGAAGAAGCACCACAGGUUAUUGUGUAUUUCUUGGGGCAAAUUGUAUUUCAUGGUCUUCAAAGAAACAACCUACUGUCACUCGGUCUACAGUUGAAGCAGAAUACCAAGCUUUGGCUUCUACCACAGCUAAGGUCACAUGGAUCACUUAUCUCCUUCGUGACAUUGGAAUAUCUCUUCCUAAUCCUCCUCAAAUUUUUUCUGAUAACAUUAGUGCCUUACAUAUGUCUAUCAAUCCUGUAUUUCAUGCCCGCACGAAACACAUAGAGCUGGAUUACCACUUCGUUCGGGAAAAAGUAGCCCUUGGUACUUUGGUCACUCGAUACAUUCCUAGUAGGGACCAAGUUGCUGAUCUACUUACAAAACCACUUCCACGUGCACAGUUCCAAGUGUUGAAGUUCAACCUGGGGUUGGUUGAAUCACCCACCUCCAGUUUGAGGGGGAGUAUGAAGAAGCAAGAAGCAAGAGCCAAACAAGGAAAUAGCAGCAAAAGAGGAAGGGAAUUAUCUGGCAUGUCAAUGCGUAAACAUCUGAUAUUUGGAACUGAGUCUCUCAAGAGUGAUGUUCUUACAUAUCUUGUAGUGUAAAUUGAAGAGUCUAUGCAACAUUAGUAGCCAUCUAUUUUGCAAUAAUUUUGUGUCAGUCCCCAUUUGCCCACUUCUGUUCUGUUAUCAGAUGAAGAGAAUGCUAUGAUGUAGUUAUUUCUUCUUUUAAUCAAUACUUGCUUGCAAA